CGCGCGGCGGGAAAUUAUUUCCCAGAGCCCGGAUUAGUGAGGCUGCGAGUGCUGCAGCGGCAGUCGUCUCCCCAGUCACCACCGCCACCCGAGGGAAGCAUCCCAGACUCUCCAGCAGGGAAGAUGGAAGAUGGUGCUCCAAAGCAUAUCAUCCAAAUGACAGGAUUUAAGAUGGAAGAAAAGGAAGCUCUAGGCAAAUUGCUUUUAAAACUAGAUUGCACUUUUAUUAAGAGUGAGAAGUACAAAAAUUGUACACAUCUUAUAGCUGAACGCCUGUGUAAGAGUGAAAAGUUUUUAGCAGCUUGUGCAGCAGGAAAGUGGGUACUAACUAAGGACUACAUAAUUCAUAGUGCCAAAAGUGGCAGAUGGCUUGAUGAAACAACUUACGAAUGGGGCUACAAAAUUGAAAAGGACUCCCAUUAUUCUCCUCAAAUGCAAUCUGCACCUAAAAGAUGGCGUGAAGAACUGAAACGCACUGGUGCCCCUGGAGCCUUCCACAGGUGGAAAGUUGUUCUUCUUGUUAGAGCUGAUAAACGAAGUGAUUCUCUUGUAAGAGUUCUGGAGGCUGGAAAAGCAAAUGUUAUUUUACCAAAAAGUUCACCAAGUGGAAUAACUCAUGUGAUUGCAAGUAAUGCAAGAAUCAAGGCUGAGCAAGAAAAAGACCAUUUUAAGGCUCCAUUUUAUCCAAUUCAGUAUCUAGGGGAUUUUCUUUUAGAGAAAGAAAUUCAGAAUGAUGAAGAUUCCCAGAUCCAUUCUGUUUGGAAUAAACACAGCAAUCAGGAAAAAAACAAAGAUUUCUGGAAAGAUAAGGGAUUUCUUAAAAUGAAAGGUGCCUUAAAAGAGACCAUGUGUAGGACCCAGAAAGAAAUGAAAAAUCAUGAUGAAGAUGUUAAUGUUAGUUCUCUUUUGACUGAACAUCACAAAAAAGAAAAAUUCAGAGAUUCCAGUAGAGAUUUGAAACUUGGUAAAAUGAGAGAUACCUUAAGAAGGCACACAUGCAAAAGUCAGAAGGAAAUAAAGAAAAGGGAUGAAGAUAUUCAAAGGAGUUACACUUUGAGGAAAAAACGCAAAAAAGAAAAUGAAAGAGAUUCCAGGAAAGACAUUGAACAUAACAAACUUAAAAGUACCUCAAGAAAGCACAUAUAUAGAGAUCAGAAAGAAAUGAAGAGUUCUUUUUUUGCUGAUCGUGCCAAAGAAUCUAAAGCCAAGGAUGUCAGGACAGAUGUGGAUAUUGCUGAAAUAAAAAAUGAGUUAAAGAAGCACAUAUAUAGAGCUCAGGCUAUCAGAUACAGCUGCAUUAAAAUAGAUAAACAACCAGUGUACAAUAUUGAGGUAAAAAAUGCUGAAUUUCCUAGAGGUAUAUUAAAUUUAAUUGAAAGUCUCAUAGAAGGGCAGUUUUUUAAAGAAGCAAUUGAGGAACUUUCCUCUUUACAAGCACAUUAUAUCCCCCCUGUAUGCCUUCUUCAUGCUCUACUAGAGAACAUUCUACAGGAUAAUAUAGAUACAUUCUCUGGCCGAUACUUUCAUAUAUUGUCAGCUCUUCUUCACCUGCAUCCUCCUUGGAAGUCCCCAGCCAUGUCACGAUAUUACUUAGAGCUGUUUCAGUGCCCAACUUGCAUGAAAGGAGCAUGGUCUCUAAUAGAAGUGCUUAUCAGGUCUUGCCUUUACAAUGAAAGUUUUUGCCAUCAAAUUUCAAAAAAUAUUAUUGGCACUAAGGUGCUCUACCUGACCCUGCUCAAAUUUUUCUUUAAUUUAGUGGAAAGUGAAGUGCGACAUCUGAUCCAAAAGUUGUAUGACUGGUCAGAUUCUCAGAGUCUGAAAAUAACAGGAAAGGCAAUUCUUCUUGAAAUCUUUUGGUCAGGAAAUGAGGCCUCUGGGCUUUUGACCAAACCAGUAAAUAUGCUUUUGGAGUGGACUAUAUAUUCUCACAAGGAAAAAUGCAAGUCUAAUGAUGUCUUCAAACACGAGCUAGCUUAUUUAUUGACUGGAAUUCUUGGAGCAGCGAUAGAUUAUUGGAUCUUCCUUGGUCUUAAGAGGGGUAAAAAUGUGAUGCGACACAUGUCUGAUGACUUAGGAAGUUAUGUUUCCCUUUCGUGUGACGACUUUUCUUCACAGGAAUUAGAGAUUUUCAUUUGUUCCUUUUCCUCCUCCUGGCUUCAAAUGUUUGUUGCAGAGGCAGUCUUUAAAAAGUUGUGUUUACAGAGUUCCAUCAGUGUUUCUUCUGAGCCACUCUCUCUUCAGAAAAUGGUAUAUUCCUAUUUGCCAGCUUUGGGGAAGACUGGUGUGCAUGGGACUGGAAAGACGCAGAUACCAAAGAAAAUAGGACAGCGGCCUUGCCUUGAAUCUCAGAGAGCCUUAUUAAUGCUGAACGGUGUGAAACAGAAACAAGUUGAAGGGCUGCCAGAGUUACCAGAGCUGAACCUUGCUAAAUGUUCAUCGUUAAAAAGAUUGAAAAAGAAGUCAGAAGGAGAAUUAUCAUGUUCCAAGGAGAAUUGUCCCUCUUUAGUUACAAAGAUGAAUUUUCACAAGACUAAUCUGAAAGGAGAAACAGCCCUCCAUAGAGCUUGCAUAAAUAACCAAGUGGAGAAAUUGAUUCUUCUUCUCUCUUUGCCAGGAAUAGACAUCAAUGUUAAAGACAAUGCUGGCUGGACGCCUUUGCAUGAAGCCUGUAACUAUGGCAACACAGUGUGUGUCCAGGAAAUUUUGCAACGUUGUCCAGAGGUAGAUCUGCUCACUCAAGUGGACGGGGUGACUCCUUUGCAUGAUGCACUGUCAAACGGACAUGUAGAAAUUGGCAAGCUGCUACUACAGCAUGGGGGCCCAGUGCUUUUACAGCAGAGGAACUCUAAGGGAGAAUUGCCUUUGGAUUAUGUGGUAUCAUCUCAAAUCAAAGAAGAACUAUUUGCUAUUACAAAAAUAGAAGAUACAGUGGAGAACUUUCAUGCCCAAGCAGAAAAACACUUUUACCACCAGCAACUUGAAUUUGGCUCAUUUUUACUUAGUAGAAUGUUGCUAAAUUUUUGUUCAAUUUUUGAUUUAUCUUCGGAGUUCCUCUUAGCUUUCAAAGGGUUAACUCACCUAAAUGAGCUGCUUGUGGCUUGUAAGAAUUAUAAAGAAACCACCAGUGCUCAUACUGACUGGUUAUUGGAUUUGUAUGCCAGAAAUAUAAAGACAUUGCAGAUGCUCCCAAAUAUUCUGAAGGAACUGCCUGAUAAUUUAAAAGUGUGUCCUGGAGUGCACACUGAAGCCUUAUUGGUGACAUUGGAAAUGAUGUGCCGUUCAGUCACAGAGUUUUCAUGAUGGUGCCAAAAAAUAUGAGUCAACUUUCUAACAUACUUAGCUUGCUUUGUCUUUUCUUAUACACUUCAUAGCUUAUAAACAAAUAUUAAUUUAUUUAUUGACAGAAUUUGUAGCUUUGCUAACUUUCAAAAGCACUUAAAGAACUUCUGCAAACCUAUAAUGUAGGCUUCUGUCUUUUUCCAUGUUGUAGAAUUUGACUCAAAAGUAAAAAGAGUUUCAUUUGGUAUGCACUGCUUUCCUUAAUCUUUAUUAUUUCUUGAUCUGAAAGUGAUAUUUAUUUAUGUUGUACCUGUAAAACAUCUUAAUUUAAAUAUUUUUUGAAAUCAAAAUGUUCUGUCCUCUCUUCCAGGGAUUUAAAGUCUUAGAAUCAUGGCAAGGAUAUUAAUGCAAAUGUGCAACUAUACGCAUGUAGCUCCCGUUUAUUCUCUGUAGGCUGUUGGACUAAAAUACUCAUUUUAGUUUUGUGUGUUUGUAAAAUAAACAUUUCUAAAAUUUACAAUAAUAACACUCUCUUGGUUUUUAAAGGCAGUGAAUGUGCCAAGUUUGACAGUUUGAUCCCUUGAUCUACUUUAACAGUUCAUGUACAAAGUUUAUUUCUAUUCCAUGUAACCACUGU